CAAACAAAAAAAAAAAAAAAACCAUACAAAACAAACCAAAAUCUCUUCUUUCUCUCUCGCUCUCUCACAUCUCCGCACAAAAACAUCACCAAACCCCAACUCCUCCUUCUCCCUCCCAAGGCAGCAUAGGGCUUCGCUCCCUCUUCUCUUCUCAUCAUCACGUCGGAUCUGAUCCUUCUCUUCAAAAGACGCACCGUUUUGAUCUUCCCGUUUUUCGAUCCCAUCAAUUUCUUCCCACAAUUCAGUACACAAAACACGACCCAUUAUCCCAAAUAACAUUAUUAUAAAAAGACCAAGGACCCCAGUUGGUUUUUUCUCUGCUGGGUAUUUUGUGGAACAUAAAAUGUGCGAAACGAGACUAGAGUAUCUACUACGAUGAGCAAGACGGGAGUAGGAGGGGGAGAUGAAGAAGAUGAAGACGAAUGUUUCUAUGAGUCGUUGGACCGGUUAGUCACUUCUUCAAACUCUUGCUCCACUUCUUCCUCCGAAUCCGAACCCGAUAAUCCCAAUCUUAACCCGGACUCUCCUGUUUAUGAUUUUCGUGUUCCUAAAUUCCCCAUGGGCGUCUCUACCAAGUACGAUGUUUGGAUCUCCGAGCCCGUUUCGGUCUCCGAGAGGCGGACUCGUUUGCUCUGUGAAAUGGGUCUCAGUCAUGACCGGGCUCUGGCGCGGGCCAAACCGGGAUCCGAGAGGGAAACAGGUGGGGGAGAUUUCGGAAGAUCGCCGUCGUCUGAUGGGUUGACUCAGCCAGAUCGAGGUUGUUCUUCUGUCUCUGGUGGUGUGGGUAUCGUUCGAUCAAAAUCAGACGGUUCGAGGACUAGCAAAGGUUCUGAUCAUGAUCAUCGUAGUCGUCAUCAUCGUCAUCAAUUGUCAGUUUGUUCUCCUUCAAUUCUUUCUAUUCAUUCUUCUUCUUUAGAUUCAGCUCGUGUAAAUAAUAAUCGUAACAGUUAUGAUGGCUAUAAUGGUAAUGUUCUUCAAAGGAUUAUUGUUAGUAAGUCACGGAGUGAUAAAAGCAAUGAUGAGAUUAUUGCUACUGCUACUUUGUUAAAUAAGCCCCCCACUGGCAAGAAUUGUAAAAGGGUGGAGGAGAAUCGAACCCAUCAUUUGAGUCUUCAUGGUAAUGGUAAUUAUAGUAGUAACUCUUUGCCUGCUAAUGCUAAUGUUGAAGAGCCUGUUGAGGGUUUGGAUUCUAAUGGAACCGUGGCAGUUGAUGAACAACUGUGUUUGAUCAGGAAUCUUGAUAAUGGGAAAGCAUUUUUGGUGAAUGAGAUUAGGGAGGAUGGGAUGUGGAACAAGGUUAAGGAAGUAGAGACUGGGAGGCAGUUGACUAUGGAAGAGUUUGAAAUGAGUGUGGGGCAUUCUCCACUUGUUCAAGAAUUGAUGAGAAGGCAGAACGUGGAGGAGGGUAUUAAGGAUAAUUUCAAUUCGAACAUGAAUGAGAAUAGUGGUGGUGGGGGCAAAAUGAAGAAGAAAGGGAGUUGGUUGAAGAGUAUAAAGAGUGUUGCCAGUACUGUGACGGGGCACAAAGAGAGACGAAGCAGUGAUGAGAGGGAUACUUCGUCAGAGAAGGGUGGGCGGCGGUCAAGUUCUGCCACGGAUGACAGCCAGGAUGUCUCAUUUCAUGGACCAGAGCGUGUGAGGGUGCGUCAGUAUGGGAAGUCAAGUAAAGAGCUUACAGCACUCUAUAAGAGCCAAGAGAUUCAGGCACAUAAUGGGUCUAUUUGGAGCAUUAAGUUUAGUUUGGAUGGAAGGUAUCUUGCAAGUGCAGGGGAGGAUUGUGUUAUUCAUGUUUGGCAGGUUGUUGAGACUGAAAGGAAGGGAGAACUUCUUGAGAAACCUGAAGAAGGACAUUUGAGUCUGUUGCAUCUGUCUAAUGGGUCACCAGAACCAAAUUCAUUGUCUCCAAAACAUAUGGAUAACCUGUUUGAGAAGAAGAGAAGAGGAAGGUCUAUGAGCCGAAAAUCACUGAGCUUGGACCACAUUGUGGUGCCAGAGACUGUGUUUGGGCUUUCUGAAAAACCCAUUUGUUCAUUCCAAGGACAUCUUGAUGAUGUGCUUGAUCUAUCAUGGUCCAAAUCUCAGCAUCUGCUUUCUUCUUCAAUGGACAAAACCGUGCGGCUGUGGCAUUUGUCUAGCAAGACUUGUUUGAAAAUAUUCUCUCACAGUGAUUAUGUAACUUGCAUCCAGUUUAAUCCUGUUGAUGAUAGAUAUUUCAUUAGUGGAUCCCUAGAUGCUAAGGUUCGCAUAUGGAGCAUUCCUGAUCGUCAAGUUGUUUAUUGGAAUGAUCUGCAUGAGAUGGUUACUGCUGCCUGUUAUACACCAGAUGGUCAGGGUGCAUUAGUUGGUUCUUACAAGGGAAGCUGCCAUUUAUACGAUAUCUCUGAGAAUAAGUUACAACAGAAAAGUCCAAUCAAUCUACAAAGCAAGAAGAAGAAAUCCCAGCACAAGAAAAUCACUGGUUUUCAGUUUGCACCUGGAAGCUCAUCGGAAGUGCUCAUCACAUCUGCAGAUUCAAGGGUUCGGGUUGUUGAUGGUGUUGACCUAGUGCACAAGUUUAAAGGGUUUCGUAACCCCAAUAGUCAAAUAUCUGCCUCCCUCACAGCAAAUGGGAGAUAUGUGGUAUCUGCUAGUGAGGAUUCUUAUGUGUACGUGUGGAAACAUGAAGUUGAAUCCCGACCAAGCAGAAAUAAAGGUGUUACCGUAACUCAUUCUUACGAGCAUUUCCAUUGUCAAGAUGUAUCAGUGGCCGUUCCCUGGCCUGGCAUGGGUGACAUAUGGGGGCUACAAGACACAUACUCAGGUGAUCAAACUGGUGUUGACAAUAAUUUUGAUGAGUUCUCCAUGGCUAAUCACCCUCCGACACCUGUUGAGGCUAGUGGUAACGAGGGUUCACGAUCUGCAUCUGGUUGCACCGAUAGUCCGCUUAAUGGAAUCAUUUCUAGUGCAACCAACAGCUACUUCUGUGAUAGAAUAUCAGCUACAUGGCCAGAAGAAAAACUUUAUUUGGCUGCAAGGAAUAGAAGCCCACGUACCAGUGUAGAUUUCACCAAUGGGUUCAGUUCAAACAUCUCAGCAUGGGGCAUGGUGAUUGUAACCGCAGGUCUUCGAGGGGAAAUCAGAACUUUUCAAAAUUUUGGAUUGCCAGUUCGGAUAUAAGGACUUAAAGACAAAAAGAAAAACAAAAUAUGGCAGGAGGCUGGGUGUGGGGGAAAUGGGUUGAUGAUGAUGAUCAGUACUCUCCCUUCCCUGGUGAUUAAAUUUGUACAGAGAGAUAUUUGGUGAGAUUUGUAAUAUUAGCGAGUUCCAUUUCUUCUUUCUUUGUGCUGAUCACUGGAGUGGUAAACAGAUGGAUGGCCAUUCCGAUUGAGCAUUGAGAAAAUAUAGAUUUGUUAAAUGCAAAAAAAAAAAAAAAAAACUACACUGAAUUUAGAAACCGAUGUAUUUCUGCAAUCGGGAAUUGUAGAGUCAUGAGCACGAAAAAGCUUAUUGAAUUUAAAUGAAAUUUUUUUGUGAUUCA